GAAAUCCGGUCAGGCAUAGAAAGUGGAGAGAGGAAACAACUGAGAAGACAGUCGCGCCUCUGCCUCUACCUCUAUUGAUAGAGCCGAACUCUCCACCGGUAUGGUUUCUGUUUUUUGGAUCUUUAAAUUUAGGUUCAACAUGAUUUAGGUCUGGGUAUUUUCGUUAGAUUGGAUUGAAAAUUGUUGUAAUUCAUCGUCAACCUUUUUCCUUUUCAUCUUGUUGGUGACUCCAUCCUCUUUGGCUUUCCGGGUCUGAUCCUAAAACGCUUCUCAAUGUCUCAAACAAGCGAACCACCUCCUCGUCAGAUCCUCUUGCAAAAGAAGGACCAUCUCCCACACGACAUCGUACUCAACAUCUUGGCAAACCUACCUGUCAAAUCAGUCCUAAGAUUCAGUACCAUCCGAAGCUUUAUCGGUGGUUACGACCACACAUUUAAAAGGAUUUCCGAGUACCCAAUUCCCUCUGCUCUUACUUUAUCUCGUGCCUACUCAGCAUGCAAUGGCCUGGUGUGUCUCGCUCAAUAUGGACGUUUUUCCACUAAUAUACAUUUGUGGAACCCCAGCAUUAGAAAGUUUAAGAGGUUGUCUGAUUCUUCCUUACCUCAAUAUUAUUGUAUUUCUAUUGGAUUUGCUUAUGAUUCCAAGACCAAUGACUACAAGGUUGUCAAGAUCUCUCAAAAGGGUUCACCCCACAACCAUGGGGUUGAGCUUGGCGCGGAGGUUUACACAUUGAGCUCCAACUCUUGGAGAAGGGUUGGAAUGUCAUUGACAAACAAUGAUGUGGGCCUUUGCCAGAAUCAGACUUCCAUAUUUGUUAGUGGGGCUUUGCAUUGGUUGGGACGGGUUAUAGAAGCUCAACGGGAUCGUUACAUGAUUUUGUCAUUUGAUGUCAAUAAUGAUAAAUUUGGAGAGAUAGCAAUCCCUGAUGGACAACAACAACUGCUACCACAAGGUCUAAUUGCGAAACCAAGAUGUCUGAUGGUGUUCAAGGGGAAACUAGCCUUCAUUACAAGGGGUUUCUUCCUAAUCAAUGACAUCAACGAAGAUGAAUACAGAGACUUUAUGAGUUCGCAUUCAUUAAAUUCAUGCUUCAUAUGGAGGAUGGGGGAGUAUGGUGUACAUGAAUCAUGGAGUAAACUUUUUUUUGUGCAGUUUGACAAUGCUGUAGAUUUCCUUGGUUGCACCAGUCGUGGUGAACUGCUAGUUAAAAGGUAUGCCGGCAAGGCGGUUGUUUCGCUUGACCUUGAAACUUUACAUGAGAAAGAUCUUCAUUUCCGGCAUGUUCCACAAAUACUUACUACUUUCAUGGAAAGCCUUGUGUUACUAGAUGGAGCAACUGAUCUGUCUGGAUAAGAAGUUAAAUUUUUAAUACAAAUGAGACCAUUAUCAUGCUGUUUCCGUUGGUAUCAUUUUGUUUUGAGGUAGGCAGAAAAGUAUAGAUGUAAUAAUGUGGGUGAAUUUUAUUCUUGAUUUGUAUCAAACCUUAAUGCUUCUUAGGAAUCUCAUAUUAUGUCUCA